AUGAGUUUUAAAGGAUUCCAGAAAGCCAUUGUGCGGGCUCCGCAGAACCUGCGGCAGAAGCUCAAUAUGGGAGAAUCCACCAACGAUCCCGUUUACCAGGACGCUGAGAGAAGGUUCAAGGAACUAGAGGAUAUGACGAAACGUUUGAGUGAGGAAUCGAAACGGUACCACAAGGCGGUGAAUGACAUGCUGGAUAGGCAGCUGGGAUUUUCCAAGUCGAUUGAGGAAAUAUUCAAGCCAAUUAGCGGCAAAGUGUCAGACCCUAACUCUACGAUUCCAGAAGGCAACCCUGAAGGUAUUGAGGCUUGUGUCCAAUACAGAGACGUUGUUCAGGAGCUCAAAGAAACGCUGAAACCUGACCUGGAGCUCAUUGAGACCAGAAUUGUUGGUCCGGCUAACGAGCUGUUGCGCAUCAUCCAGGCUAUCCGGAAGAUGGCCACAAAGAGAAACCACAAGCAACUUGAUUUGGACAGACACCAAAACUCGUUAAAGAAAGCCCAGCUGAAAGCCGAAAAGAACGAGAAGAUGGAGGAAAAAGUGUACAAGUACGAGAAUGAUGUUGCCAUUGCGCAGCAAGAGUUCGACUACUACAACGAGAUGUUGAAGACCGAGCUGCCUAUCCUCUUCCGAUUGGAGGGUGAGUUUAUCAAGCCCUUGUUUGUCAGUUUGUACUACAUGCAACUGAACGUUUUUUACACGCUCUCGUCCAGAAUGGAGGAGAUGAAGAUCCCAUACUUUGAUCUGAGUUCGGAUAUCCUGGAACAAUUCCGGAACAAAAGGGGCGACGUCGAGGAAAGAGCUGAAGCCAUUGGACUGACACACUUCAAGAUUGGACACGCGAAGGCCAAGCUUGAGGCUACCAAGAGAAGGUACGCCUCGGGACAACACGCCGACCCUUCUUCUCCAGCAUCAUCCUACGGAAGUGGAUCCGCUUACGGCCAAUCCUCCCCUGUCCCUGCCUACGGUCAGACCUCACCUCCACCAUAUGGACAGAACUCGCCUGCGCCAGCCUAUGGCCAAGCCUAUGGCCAAACCUACAGCCAAACACCACCCACGACCACGUCGACAUACGGCUACCCGGAGGAGAAGAAGACUCCGUAUGGUGCUCCCCAGGCUACUUCCUAUGGCUACUCAUCGCCAACUUCUUACACGUCUGCUCCUUCGCCAGUGGCUCCUGUUGCUCCUGCUGCUCCUGUUGCUGCUGCACCAGGAGCAGAAACUUGCACCGCUUUGUAUGACUAUGCAGCCCAAGCGGAAGGAGAUUUGUCUUUCAGUGCUGGACAGGUCAUUACAAUCUUGCAAAGGUCCGAAAAUCAGAACGACUGGUGGACUGGAUCUCUUAAUGGUGUGACUGGAGUUUUCCCAGGUAAUUACGUUCAGCUUAAUUAG